CCCGGCAGGGGCGACGGGGCGGGGGCGGGGGGCCGGAGGGCGAGCCCUCUCUGGGGGACGCCCCCUGCGUCCCGCCGUGAUGCCCCUACCGCACUCCUCCCCGGACGCCCCCUCCUCAGUCCGGCCGCUCCCCGGACUUCAAGACGGGGGCGGAGUUGGCCCUGACAAGGCCGUGGGCAGCCGGGUGCUGGCGUGUGCUCUGGAGAGCGGCUCCCGCCCCGACCGCCGAGGGUCGGCGACGAUAAACGUUACUGUUGGCGGGCGCGACGGGAGAGGCUACGCCCACCUUCCCGGCCCUUCGUUCCACUGAUGAAGCCGAGCCCUGCAGCCAGCCAGGCGUCCUCGGUGCCCCAGGCUCAGGGCGACCCCGGCCCCUUCCUUCCUGCGCAAGUGCUGCGCGGGCGCCCCGGCCUCCUCCGCACCCGGCUUCCAGGCGGCUCCCCGCGCGCAGGUUUCUACAUAUGGAUCAGAAACUUUCAGAGUUGGUGGAAGAGCUCACAACUUCAGGAGAGCCCCAAGUGAAUCCCGAGAAAAUGAAGGAGCUGAAGAAAAUUUGCAAGUCUUCAGAGGAGCAGCUUGGCCACACCUACCACCUGCUGAUGGCCCAGCUGAGCCAGGAGCACGCCGAGGUCCGCCUCUCCGCUUUCCAGGUCCUGGACCAGCUCUUUGCCAGGUCUCACCAUUUCAGGAUGCUAGUCGUUUCCAACUUCCAGGAGUUCCUGGAGCUCACGCUGGGCACCGACCAUGAACGGCCCCUGCCUCCCCCCAGGGAGGUGGCACAGAAGCUGAGGCAGGCCGCCACCCGGGCCAUCCGCGGCUGGAAUGAGAAGUAUGGCACAGCCUAUAAGAAGCUGGCCCUGGGCUUCCACUUCUUAAUGCACAACAAACAGGUAGAUUUCCAAGAUGUGGACGCUAGGACUCUGGCAGAGAGAAAGCGAGCAGAUGAGAAACAGAAGCGCUUGGAUAGAAUCUACAAGGAGAGGUCUGAGCAGGCUGCGCGGGAGAUGGAAGAAAUGUCUGGGGAGAUCCGGAGCUGCCUCAUGGAGCUGGAGAGCUGCUUCCGACUGCUGGUGCCCUUUGACCUUGACCCGACCCCGGGGGCUGCCUUGCCCGCCACGGCCGAGGAGGGUGGCAGGGACGAGGAGCAGCCCUGCUGCAGCAAGACUCUGGCCACCUGCGCCCGCUGCCCGGGAGCCGCGGGGGCGGAGGGGCUGCCCUCGGAGGACAGCGACCCAGAGGGGUUUGUGCGGCACCACGGCCUGGGCUCCCGCGAGUACACGCUCGAGGUGGAGUUCUCCUCAGACAGCCUGAAGGUGCAUGAGGACGAGGACAACUUGGUUAUCAUCCACGUGGUCCGGGACACGCUCAGGCUCAUCCAGAACAAGUUCCUGCCGGCCGUGUGCUCCUGGGUCCAGCUGUUCACCCGCGCAGGGUUGCACGGCGGGCACUUGGAGGGUGCUAUCGACCUGAAGGCCGAGCUGGAAACUGCCCUGAGGCGAUCUCGGGACCUGGACGUCAUGCCCGAGGAGGGCUGCAGGAGGGAGGCGGCAGCCCCGGGGGACAGGGACGAGGACGAGGAUGAGGACGACAAGGACUUUGUGGAGGUCCCGGAGAAGGAAGGGUAUGAGGCCUGCAUCCCUGAGCACCUGCAUCCUGAGUAUGGGCUGGAGAAAGACCCGGCCACGCUGGCCUCGCAGGCGAGGAAGAGGACGGGGAGCAGCGAGGAGGCCUGCGACCCCACCUCUGCGGCCGCCCAGCUGCAUUGGCUCCAGCGCCACUUGCCCCCAGCCUCGCCCCCGAGCCCCAGGGUGCCGCUGGGUCCAGAGGAGGCUGAGAAGCUGGCGGCAGAGCGGGCCCGGGCGCCUGUCGUGCCCUUCGGGGUGGACUUGUGCUACUGGGGCCGAGAGGAGCCGAUGGCCGGGAAGAUCCUCAAGUCCGACUCGGAGCACCGCUUCUGGAAGCCCCGCGAGGUGGACGCGGAAGUAGAGAGCGCCGCUGUCUCUGAGUCUCUCCGGAGCCGCCAAAUCACCUUUGCAGGGCGAUUUGAGCCUGUGCAGCACCGGUGCCGUGCCCCCCGGCCUGACGGCCGGCUCUGCGAGCGCCAAGACCGCCUGAAGUGCCCUUUCCAUGGGAAGAUCAUCCCAAGAGAUGACACGGGACGGCCCCUCCAUCCGGAGGACAGGGUCCGCGAGCAGAAGCAGCAGCUGCAGAGGGCGGCGGGGCGCCCAGCUUGGCAGGACCCUGAGCUCAUGAGGGAUGUGGAGGCAGCCACUGGGGUGGAUCUUGGCUCAUCCGGGCCCCGUGGGAAGGGCAGGCGGCGGCGGUCCGGCCUCACCGAUCUCAAGCGGCAGGCGGACACAGCGCGUGCACGCAUCGCCAAGAAGGUCUUCGCCAAGGCCGCUGUGCAGAGGGUGGUCACAGCCAUGAACCAGAUGGACCAGAAGAAGCAUGAGAAGUUUGCAAACCAGUUUAACUACGCGCUGAAUUAGAGCGCCAGGCCGGGUUCACUCUGGUCGUCAGCUCCUCUUCUUCUGCUGAUGAGCUAGGAUGGGAAGGCAGACCCAGGUCUGGGCUGUAACAACAGCCACAAUUAUAUUGUGUAUUUAACGUGAAGAAA